GAGAGAGGGAGAGAGUGAGUUUAUAUGUGUGUGAGUGUGCGGUUUACAUUAGCAAGUAGAGGGAGACAACAUUUGGUCCUUUUCUUUUUUCUCUCUCUCAUCCCCUUAAAUCUAUCACUGUCAACACAGCUACCCUUAUCAGGAAAAUAACCGAAAGACGAGGCAAAGGCAGAGGAGGAGAAGAAGAGCAGUCUGAUAAAGAAGGGGAGUGCCAUAGCAGUAGUCAGCACCAUACACAACGCAUGCGGCUGACUGAUGUCUAUCCUGCAUCCCAGCACUGGGAGCUAACCAACCAGCUUAAUAUCCUUAAAAGAACAGAGCAGAACAGACAGCAGGCUACAUCAUCACAAAACCUGCUCUGAUCCAGGAGAAGGCCUGCAUUUCUGAGGAGGUUAUUAAGGGAGGUUGAGCAUUCCCAGGAUGACCCAGGCUCACAGGCCCCUUUUACAGAGCUGCUGUUAUCUGACCUCCUCCCACACUGGGCCUCUGGUUCCUGGCCCUGCUCCCUGGCUGUGAAGGAUGGGUGAUGGGCCUGUGAUUGACACCCUCUGUCUACCUUGUCCCGCCAUCCGAUGGAGCCGUUGUGGAACUCCUCCCUCCCCUUCUCACAGCCCAUGCCCAACACCUCAGCCUCUGAGUCACCUGAGAGUGGGGCUUUGUCCCAGUCACUAGCACUGCUCGCCAUGCUGCUCAUGGACCUGCUGGCCGUGGUGGGCAACGGGGCCGUAAUGGCUGUCAUCGCCAAGGCCCCACAGCUCCGUAAGUUUGCCUUUGUCUUCCACCUGUGCCUGGUGGACCUGCUGGCAGCCCUGGUGCUGAUGCCCCUGGGCAUGCUCUCAGGCAGGGCCUUCUUUGGCGAAGCCCUGUGCCGGAGCUACCUCUUCCUUAGUGUGUGCCUGGUCACCGCCGCCAUCCUCUCCAUCUCAGCCAUCAACGUGGAGCGCUACUACUACAUCAUCCACCCCAUGCGCUACGAGGUGAAGAUGACCCUGGGCCUGGUGGCCUCAGUCCUGGUGGGGAUAUGGGUCAAAGCCCUGGCCAUGUCAGCCCUGCCUCUGCUGGCCUGGGCCUUACAGGGCGGGAGGACUCCUUUUCUGGAGGGUGUUGGAGUUGGGGGAGGGGGUGAGGGUGUCACCUCACCCCCAGCUCAGAGUCACAGGCGCUGCUCCUUGCACUGGACGGGGGGUGGGUCGAACCGCAUGGCCUUCAUGGUUCUGUUCACUUUGGUGUACUUUCUGUGCCCGCUGCUGGUCAUCCUGGUGGUGUACUGCAGUAUGUUCAAGGUGGCGCGGGUUGCGGCAAUGCAUCAUGGGCCUCUGCCCACCUGGAUGGACACGCCCCGCCGCCGGCGCUCCGAGUCGCUCAGCAGCCGCUCCACCAUGGUGACCAGCUCAGGAACAGGCACGGGGACAGGGGUGGGGCGCGACACCCCUCACCGCACAUUUGGAGGGGGCAAGGCGGCAGCAGUUUUAGCAGCAGUGGGAGGACAGUUCCUGUGCUGCUGGUUGCCCUACUUCUCCUUCCAUCUGUACUCAGCUCUGGCCUCUAGCCCUCCAGCCACGCUGGCCCCCCUGGAGGAGGUCGUCACGUGGAUCGGCUACUUCUGCUUCACCUCCAACCCUUUUUUCUACGGUUGUCUGAACCGGCAGAUCCGCGAGGAGCUUGGCAAGCAUGUGCCUUGCCUGUUCCGCCGGGCGACAGAAGAGGAGGACCGACUGCCCAGCCGUGAGGGAUCCAUAGAGGAGAAUUUCCUGCAGUUCCUCCAGGGCACUGGCUGCAACCUAGAUCCCCAGGACUCCCACAGCACCUCCAGCCCCAAGGGAGAGGCCUGCCGGCCCCUGGCCCAGCCCCCUCAACCCAUUCCCAUCGACUUCCGCAUCCCAGGACAGAUUGCAGAGGAGACCUCAGAAUUCCUUGAGCAUCACCAGAUUAAAAACAACCAUAUCCUAUCAGACAGUUAGGUUUUGUAUUUAUUUAAUGUAAAAACCAACGCAAAAAGUUACUUGAAUCACCACAGUAACAUAACCACACUCUGGUUUACGUCACAGAGUAUUACUAUACAAUGUUUUGAUAUUUUCUUUUUGAUUAUAUUAUUCUUAAAACUCAAAAGUUGUGCAAUGGGAAAUUGACUGAGAUUUUUGUGGAAUCUGUAUUGUCCUGGAUCACUUUUUGCAGCUUCACUUUCCAUUCUGUAAAUGCUGUAAUGUUAUGGAAUUGAUCUUCUUUGAGUAAUGUUUCCAUUGGAAUCAUUUGCUGGGAAAGGGUUGUGGCAUUUUUGGGAGAAAGACAAAAUGGCACAACUGUAGCUGCAGGGAACAGGCUAAUAUUGCCAGUGAUGCCGAUAUUGGUGUUGUUUGUUAGAAUGAGUUUUAAAGAUGUAAUUCCUCACAUACAUUUUUUUCCCCACAACGCAUUGAUAGGGCCAGUAUGUUAUUAAUACAGAUAUCUUCACAUACAUUUUUUUCCCCACAACGUAUUGAUAGGGCCAGUAUGUUAUUAAUACAGAUAUCUCGGUAACACUUUAUUUGGAUAGUCCAUUUGUAGCUCUACAGACUAUAUACAGACUAUCAGUAACAUUUAAAGUAGCUAUCUACUAACCCUAACUCUUAUCCUAACCCUUAGCCUAACCUUAAACCUUAUUCUACACCUAACCCUAACCGUAUCCUUAGCAAGCAGUUGCUUAUCAACAGAUAGUUUGUUGAUAGUAUGACCAGACUAUCCAAAUAAAGUGUGACCAUUAUCUCUUCUGAGAAUUUCCUUUUGGAUUUCAAACCAAACAAGCCCUUGAGCAAAGAGGAUAUAGAUGACUUUCCUUCUAUUAGCAUACCUUAAACCAUAUCAGGAUCUAUGACUUUCCUUCUAUUAGCAUACCUUAAACCAUAUCAGGAUCUAUGACUUUCCUUCUAUUAGCAUACCUUAAACCAUAUCAGGAUCUAUGACUUUCCUUCUAUUAGCAUACCUUAAACCAUAUCAGGAUCUAUGACUUUCCUUCUAUUAGCAUACCUUAAACCAUAUCAGGAUCUAUGACUUUCAGAAGGCAUCCACAAAUAAUGUAUCUAAUAUUUAAUACUGGCAGAUCAAUUACUUUUUGAGGAACUGAUUUAUGACAGCUUAUUUAUGUAAGCUACAGAACAAAGACACCAAUGUUGGAGUGCAGGAAGUCAUGUUUGAAAAUAUGAAGUUUUCCUAAUCCCUUUACCUCUGUAAAAUAUCAUGACACGGAUGUAUAGUAGACAGUGAGUGAGUGGUCACCAUGUCUCUACGAUAAAGAUAAGUUGUGCCUUUUAGAGAUGAUGACAGAGCUACUGUACCGUAAUUGUGCCCUGGUUCUGAAGAGGAUGGUAGGGUAGGGUAUGAAGUAAGAAGUACCAUGGAUCAGCCACCUGUUGUUGAUAGGUAAACCUCUGGGCAGAUACCCCCUCUAUCUGGAACACAUCAUCUGUGUUUUCCCAUAAGCAGACCAGGUUUGUUGUGACCACAGUGAGGAUGUAGGCAAUCUUUUCUUAACUCCUCCUAAACUACUUCUGGUCUGUCAGAAAAGUACAUUUAUGUCUCAUCUAUCUACCAUUUAGAUAGUACAGUACCCCUCAAAUUGACAUGGGAAUGUGUUCAGUACAUUGGCAGACGUUCAGUUAAGGCAGGAGUAUUUUUGUUAACUGAUUCACUACAUUACAUUUCUAUACAAUUAAGAUUUUGACAGAUGUCGUUCUACAAAUGUAGCUGUGUUUUAUGUUUGAUUUAAAAAACUAAUAGUGAGUUCAACUUAAGCAUUUAAUUAUUGCAAAUUAUUUAUUAUUAUUAGGUAUUAUUGAUUACUGUAUCUUUUGUGAUUAAUUAACAAAAGACAAUGGUGUAUUCAAAUGGUAUACAGUAACUGUCUUUUCAGUGUGUGUUGAUUAGCUGUGGAGCAACAGUUUGGAGAAUAUAAUAAACCUAAUUAUAUUUAACAGUCCUGCUCCUCAGGGUUCUCUACCUCAGAUACAAGAUUGAUUUCAUUUGAAGGUCAGCACGCAAUGUACCGAUAGAAAAGAUAUUGUGUAAGUCAUGCCACAUAUUUUUUACUCUAUGCUCCCUGGGUUGCUUUCCUUCGGCAGCUGGACAAGGCUUUGUCUGAGAGGCUUGAUAUGACACCUGCUUUACGUCUGCUCUCUCUGGUGUCACAUUGUGAGGGAAUUUAGAGUCGUUUGAGUUGUCCAGAACAGUACUGGACACUUUGAGGUAUCAUCAGCCCUGUGAAACCAUAGACGGUUAACGCAAGAGUACAAAAUUAAACAUUUUCUUUCUGGCUUCU